AUUUUUUUUGUUUUCCACCAACAUCACAAACCACUUCUCUCUGAAAAAUGAAGGCCGCCGUGGUCCUUAUCGUGGUUCUGGCUUGCGUAGUCAUUACACAGGCAUUCCCUGCAGAGCCGGGAGCUGUCGAGACGACGACUACCAAAAAACCUGAGGCUGCAGCAGCAACAACGCCGGCGGGUCAUAAGGAUGUGGGAACAACGCCGGCGGGUCAUAAAACAACGGCAACAACCCCGGCGCCCGGUAAAGCGGCUGGAACGACUCCGGCGGGUCAUCAUAAGGAAGUGGAAGGUUCAACUGCGGCCGCCGAUAUGGACUCAGAUAGUGACUCAGAUAGUGGCGAAGACGAUAAGGGGAAGGGCGAGGGGAAGGGUAAAGGAAAGGGGAAAGGAAAGGGAAAAGGCAAGGGAAAAGAUAAAAGCAAAAAAGCCGAAAAGAAGGCGGACAAGGAGGCCAGGAAGGCAGCAAAGAAGGCUGCAAAGGAAGCCAAAAAGGGAAAGUAAAUUUCUUAAGCUUCGCUACAUGUUUAAUUAAUUGAUAGAACAAAGUAUGAAUGGAAUGAUUCGAUAUGUAAAUAUGUGUAUUGGGCGUAGUCAUUGAUGACAACUUUCGCACAUGUAUGUAUGUGAUACAUAUCUCGCAAAUUUAGCAUGACCUUAAAUUUUUCUAGAAAUUGUGAGAUUUCGCAAAACUUUUGCUAGAGAACCAAGAGAUUUGUGUUCGUAAUACAUAAUGUACAUCAGACUAUAAUUCUAGCCCGGGCUACCGCCUA